AUGUCUAUUUUCGCCCGUCAUUUCCGGUAUGGAGUCCUCGACCCACUUCCAUCAGUCGGCCAGGUACCCAAGACAGUCGACUCCACCAUCUGCAUCGUCAGCGACAAGGUGCAAAAUUCCAACAUCGAUGCCUUAUCUGUGCAUCCUGGGCUCUCUAGAUCAGAUACCAUUGCACCACUAUUAAACGCACCCCACCUCCACCUUCUCACACAAUCCACGAUAUCUGCUAUGCACUUAGUGCUGCACGUCCUCUUUUUCUCAACGGCAUUCAAGAGCAAUGCUUGCCAAGGCACCGAUGCUCUAGAAGAAGUGCUCAAGGCAGCUGCACUUUACUGCGAGUGUGUUAUUGUUAAUCUACGGAUACCGAUUCCUGCGACGGCUGACGCGCAGAUAGGCCACGGACUUGGUGUGUACGACGAGUUCGCAACACAUGGGACGAAGAACUUGUCGAGCUAUGGAGGGCGAACAACACAGAACUUGCAAGGAAAUCAUAGAACACGACAAGCUGCAAGCGUGCUACAACAGCAUCGGUUCCUUCCUUCCGCGAUACGCAAUACACUCUCCCUCAACCACCUAGCAUUAACCGAAUUCCUCGACAGCCUCAACACCUUCCAAACUCUCCAAGCACGCAUCCAGUGCCUCUCCAGGCCUCCCACUCCUAAACUCGAGCCGCUCAUUCUGGUUCUACCCACCUCCCUCAUCGCCGCUCACGUUUCCGAGCACCUGACGCAUACUUUGUCGUUGUUGGCUUGGUACUACUGGGAGGUCAGUGUUAUGCUGGAAGCGAGAUGCGUGUUGUGGGGCGACUUGGAGGAGGUAGAUUCGGUAGAUGUGUUUUAUAACUCGGACAUGUUCGAGAAGGCGAAGACAAAGCAAAAGGCUAUUGAGGUACGCUUUUUGGGAGAGGGAAAUCGUGCUUUUUUAGAGGGUGGCGAGGGCGGAGGGGCGCGUCAAGGCGUUGUGGAGUGGGAUUUUGGGCAUUUCGGUGGAUUUGAUACCUUGGGUUGGCCAUUUGCCGCGUGUGGUGUCUGGAAGGAGUGA